AUGGCGGCGCCCUUGAAACAUGCAUUAAAGUUCGAAAUCGUCGCCGAGUGCCCAGUCACGAAGGCUCGGACUGCAAUCUUAACUCUUCCUCAUGCAGUUGUCGAAACACCAGUGUUCAUGCCCGUGGGCACGCAGGGUACCCUGAAGGGUCUUGCGCCUGAACAAAUUGAGGAGCAAAGAUGCAACAUGAUUCUUGCCAACACUUACCAUCUCGGCAUGCGUCCAGGGACAGAGAUACUGCAAAAAGCUGGUGGCCUUCACAAGUUCAUGAAUUGGAAAAACGGUUUGCUGACUGAUAGCGGCGGUUUUCAAAUGGUCUCUCUUGUCAAACUAAGUGAAGUUACGGAAGAAGGCGUGAGGUUUGUGUCACCGUAUGACCAGCGUGAGAUCAUGCUCAGUCCCGAAAAGUCGACUGAAAUACAGAACACUAUUCACGCUGACAUUAUGAUGCAGCUGGAUGACGUUGUCAGCAGCACAAUCUCUGGACCACGGGUUGAAGAAGCCAUGCACAGAACCAUCAGGUGGCUUGAUAGGUGCUUAAUGGCCCAUCAGAACUCGGCAACACAAAACAUUUUUCCAAUUGUUCAAGGUGGUCUGGAUCCUGUACUGCGGAAGCAGUGUGCUUUGGAACUGCUGAAACGAGACGUUGCUGGCUAUGCUAUCGGGGGCCUUAGUGGAGGUGAGAGCAAGGAUGAUUUUUGGCCAAUGGUGGACAUUAGCACAGACUUGCUUCCGAAGAAUAAGCCACGAUAUCUUAUGGGUGUUGGCUUUGCAGUUGACCUCGUUGUCUGCAGUGCCUUAGGAUGUGACAUGUUUGACUGUGUGUUUCCAACAAGGACAGCGAGAUUCGGCUGUGCUUUGGUAAUGGGGGGCCAAUUAAACCUGAAGAACACUGAGUUCAGCCAUGACUUCCGACCUAUCGAAAGUAACUGCCCAUGCUCUACAUGUCUGCGAUAUACUCGGGCUUAUUUGCAUCACAUUGUCAAGCAAGAGACAGUUGCCUGUCAUCUGGUUUCGAUCCACAAUGUCAACUAUCAGAUGAGGCUUAUGAAGAGGAUUCGAGACAACAUCAAGGCUGGAACGUUCGUAGACUUUGUGAAGGCAUUCAUGAAGACCUUUUAUCCAAUGGGUGACUAUCCUAGUUGGGUAACUGCUGCCCUUGCUGCAGUAAAUGUGCAUUUGAGCUUCUAAAAAACAUGAAAGUCUUGUGAGCUACCCUUGCACAUUAUGGGUCCAAACAAAGGUGUUGACAUAGCUGAUCAGUAUAUUGAUCAGUUGGUCUCUUUUUUUUUUAAUUAAACAGCCUGCUGUGAUUUUGCUUGCUUACUUGUUCUACAGUAUUUUUUUAAGUAGGAAGUCUUGGACCAGUCAAGUGGCAGUUAUUUUCGAGAUAAAUUAUGUAUAAACUCUGGCCAUCUCCCUCGCCCAUUAUAUCAAUGUCACACUAUGUACUGGGCAAGGCAGACAGCCAGGAUCGACAGUUCUUAGACUAAGGUGACCGCCCAUCUAGAGCGAAAGCGUUUAUCAUACCAGUUCUUAAUGAAUGCUUAUUUAGCUCUUUCUCGACAUUAUAUAAAUUCAUAUUGAAAAACACAAAGCUACAUAGAAAAAUAUAAGAAAAAUAGUUGUUUAUACAUAAAAGUUGAAUAAAAAAACCAAGUGCUCA